ACACCGGCCCUGUCACGCCAGCCCUGUCACGCCGGGCCUGUCACACCGGGCCUGACCUGCGCCUCCGGGCAGCAAACUCCAGAUUUCCCUGGGAAAUUUCCUCGCCCUGACCUGGCGUUCCUGGGGAAAAAAGGAGUUUAUCAGCAGAGGGCAGCAGCGAUGUGCUCACACCAGGCCCUGCGAGGCGGCAGGAUAAAUCCAAAAGAGACUUGACCAGAACACAUGAUGCUGACACUUGCUUUAAAAAAAAUGAAAAAGAGCCUUUUUGUGAGGGGACAAAAAGCACCGGGUAGAGGGAAUGUGUGUCCGGCUGCAGAGAUGCUCUUUUAUCAAAUAAGGCUCCUCAAUAUGUAGCCUGCCAUGACAACUGGAAUUGUAAAAAUAAAAGAGGAAUUUAGGCUUAAUGACUUGGGAAGCUGCCAUGAUUUAGUGUUUUCUGAACUUGAUUAAUAAUAUAUUAGGGUUGCAGAGUGUUCUGAUAAAUGCUUGUUUCUGAUCAGACAAUUAGGCUUGCAUAAUAGGCUGCUUAGUUCCAGUAGCAUGGCCAGCUGAAGAGGAAUACACAUGCAUUUAAAGGAACAGCCUGUGAAAAAAACAGCAAAAUUACUUGGGUUGGUCUAGUAUUGCAGGAACAGAAAGGUCAGACAUGAGCAGAGACACACUCAGGAGUGAGAGAAUAAAUGUUUUCAGAACAGGAAAUUACUUUCUUUAUUAUAGUAUCCCAGACACAGAUGAAUGUGUAUGACUGACAGGUAUUUAAUACCAAUUUGAGCAAAACACAAGAGAAGGAUUCAGGGCAGGGCUGGAAUCUGCACUUCUGGAAAUCAUUCUAAAUGAUACCAGUUUUUAUCCUUCUCUCUUUGCUUCAUGUGAUUCUCUCCUGUCCUUGCAUGACUGAUUCUGAUACCCAUUUGCAAUUAUAAUAAGUGAUUUGUACACCGUACUAAGUUUCCCUUUCUUUUUUCUUUGUUUUUUCCCUUACAGAUCGGGAGAAUCAGUCUAUGCUGAUCACUGGAGAAUCUGGUGCUGGCAAGACUGUGAACACAAAACGAGUCAUCCAGUACUUUGCCACAGUGGCAGCCCUGGGUGAAACUGGUAAAAAGAAUAAUUGGUGUUGGGCUCUGUCAGAUGUGCCAUGAGCCUCAGCAUUUCACUUUGUGUGGUUCCCGGGGAACCUUGGAGGAUCAAAUCAUUCAAGCAAACCCAGCCCUAGAAGCUUUUGGAAAUGCCAAAACCCUGAGAAAUGACAAUUCCUCACGUUUCGGUAAAUUUAUCCGAAUCCAUUUUGGAACUACAGGCAAGCUGUCAUCUGCUGAUAUUGAGAUUUAUUUACUGGAGAAAUCUCGAGUGAUUUUCCAGCAACCUGGUGAAAGAGACUAUCACAUCUUCUACCAGAUCCUGUCAGGAAAGAAACCAGAGUUACUAGACAUGCUCCUGAUCUCCACCAACCCAUAUGACUACCACUUCUGCUCUCAAGGUGUGGUUACAGUGGACAACUUGGACGAUGGAGAAGAACUGUUGGCAACAGAUCAAGCCAUGGACAUCUUGGGAUUUGUGCCUGAUGAGAAGGCUGGUUCCUACAAGCUCACAGGUGCCAUCAUGCACUUUGGGAAUAUGAAAUUCAAGCAAAGACCCCGAGAAGAGCAGGCAGAGGCUGAUGGCACUGAAAGUGCUGACAAAGCUGCCUACCUGAUGGGAAUCAACUCCUCUGACUUGAUUAAGGGUUUGUUGCACCCUAGAGUGAAAGUUGGCAAUGAGUAUGUGACCAAAGGUCAAAGUGUUGAACAGGUUCUGUAUGCUGUUGGGGCCUUAUCUAAGGCAGUGUACGAUCGAAUGUUCAAGUGGCUGGUGGUCCGUAUCAACAAGACCUUGGACACCAAGCUGCCAAGACAGUUCUUCAUUGGAGUCCUGGAUAUUGCUGGGUUUGAAAUCUUUGAUUUUAACAGCUUUGAGCAGCUGUGCAUCAAUUACACGAAUGAGAAACUGCAACAGUUUUUCAAUCAUCAUAUGUUUGUCCUGGAGCAAGAAGAGUAUAAGAAGGAAGGCAUUGAGUGGGUAUUCAUUGACUUUGGCAUGGACCUGCAGGCCUGCAUUGACCUAAUCGAGAAGCCACUGGGAAUCCUGUCUAUCCUUGAAGAGGAGUGCAUGUUCCCAAAAGCUACAGAUAUGACAUUCAAAUCCAAACUUUAUGACAACCAUCUUGGCAAGUCACCCAAUCUACAGAAGCCCAGGCCUGAUAAGAAAAGGAAAUACGAAGCUCACUUUGAACUCCUUCAUUAUGCUGGCGCAGUUCCCUACAACAUCAUUGGGUGGCUUGAGAAGAACAAGGACCCGCUUAAUGAAACCGUAGUAGGAAUUUUCCAGAAAUCCUCCAACAAGCUCCUGGCAAGCUUGUUUGAAAGCUACAUUGGUGCUGACAGUGGUGACCAGGGUGGAGAAAAGAAACGCAAGAAAGGUGCUUCGUUCCAAACAGUGUCCUCAUUGCACAAGGAAAAUUUAAAUAAGCUGAUGACUAACCUAAAAUCUACAGCCCCUCACUUUGUACGAUGCAUUAUCCCAAAUGAAUCAAAAACUCCAGGCGAAAUGGAUGCAUUCCUUGUUUUGCAUCAGCUCCGCUGUAAUGGUGUCUUGGAAGGCAUCCGCAUUUGCCGGAAGGGUUUCCCAAACAGGGUGCUUUAUGCUGACUUCAAACAAAGGUACCGCAUCCUGAAUCCAGGAGCAAUCCCAGAGGAUAAGUUUGUGGAUAGCAGAAAAGCUGCUGAAAAACUGAUGGCAUCUUUAGAUGUUGACCAUACCCAAUAUCGUUUUGGGCACACCAAGGUAUUCUUCAAGGCUGGUCUCUUGGGCCAUCUAGAAGAAAUGAGGGAUGAGAGACUUGCGAAAAUCUUAACGAUGAUCCAGGCAAGAGCACGUGGCAGAUUGAUGCGGAUUGAGUUUCAGAAGAUAGUGGAGCGCAGGGAUGCCCUUCUUGUAAUUCAGUGGAACAUCCGCGCUUUUAUGGCUGUCAAGAACUGGCCUUGGAUGAAGCUUUUCUUUAAGAUCAAGCCUCUCCUGAAGACUGCAGAAACUGAAAAGGAGAUGGCCAAUAUGAAGGAAGAAUUCUUGAAACUGAAGGAGGCCCUGGAAAAAUCUGAAGCCCGGAGAAAGGAACUUGAGGAAAAGCAAGUCUCUUUAGUUCAGGAAAAAAAUGAUUUGCUUCUCCAGCUCCAAGCUGAGCAAGACACUCUGGCAGAUGCAGAGGAACGUUGUGACUUGUUGAUUAAAUCCAAGAUUCAGCUGGAAGCCAAAGUCAAAGAACUGACAGAGAGAGUUGAGGACGAGGAAGAGAUGAAUUCUGAGCUGACUUCUAAGAAGAGAAAACUGGAAGAUGAGUGUUCUGAGCUCAAGAAGGAUAUUGAUGAUCUUGAAAUAACACUUGCAAAAGUAGAGAAAGAGAAACAUGCUACAGAAAACAAGGUCAAAAAUCUGACAGAAGAAAUGGCAACACUUGAUGAGAAUAUCAGCAAACUUACCAAGGAGAAAAAGGCCUUGCAGGAAUCUCAUCAGCAAGUUCUAGAUGACCUACAAGCAGAAGAGGACAAGGUCAACACACUGAGCAAAGCUAAAGUGAAACUGGAACAGCAAGUGGAUGAUCUCGAGGGAUCACUGGAACAAGAGAAGAAAGUGAGGAUGGAUCUAGAAAGGGCAAAACGCAAACUGGAAGGGGAUUUGAAGCUGACCCAAGAGAGUGUCAUGGACUUGGAAAAUGAUAAACUGCAGAUGGAAGAAAAGCUGAAAAAGAAAGAAUUCGAAAUGAGCCAGCUGAAUUCCAAGAUAGAAGAUGAACAAGCUAUAGUGAUGCAGCUGCAGAAGAAGAUCAAGGAGCUUCAGGCUCGUAUAGAAGAACUAGAAGAGGAGCUGGAAGCAGAAAGAGCUGCUCGAGCCAAGGUGGAAAAGCAGAGAUCAGAUUUGGCCCGAGAGCUGGAGGAACUGAGCGAGCGGCUUGAGGAGGCUGGGGGAGCCACAGCUGCCCAGCUGGAGAUGAACAAGAAGCGCGAGGCAGAGUUCUUGAAGCUGCGGCGGGACCUGGAGGAGGCCACGCUGCACUACGAGGCCACGGCCGCCGCGCUGAGGAAGAAGCACGCGGACAGCGUGGCUGAGAUGGGGGAGCAGCUGGACAACCUGCAGAGGGUCAAGCAGAAACUGGAGAAGGAGAAAAGCGAGCUGAAGAUGGAAGUGGACGAUCUGUCAUCCAACAUGGAGCAGAUGGUCAAGGGGAAAGCCAAUGCAGAGAAGCUUUGUCGCACAUAUGAAGACCAUCUGAACGAGACAAAAACAAAACUGGAAGAAAUGACUCGCCUCAUGAAUGACCUUACUACUCAAAAGACUAAACUUCAGAGUGAGAAUGGUGAGUUUACUAGACAACUUGAAGAGAAGGAGUCACUGAUAAGUCAGCUGUCCCGGGGAAAAACAUCCUUUACACAACAGAUUGAAGAACUUAAGAGACAGCUAGAAGAGGAAACCAAGUCCAAGAAUGCCCUGGCUCAUGCCCUGCAAGCAGCCAGGCAUGACUGUGAUCUCUUGAGGGAGCAGUAUGAGGAGGAGCAGGAAGCCAAGGCAGAGCUGCAGCGGGCUCUCUCCAAGGGAAAUGCAGAAGUGGCACAGUGGAGAACAAAGUAUGAGACUGAUGCCAUUCAGAGAACUGAGGAGCUGGAAGAUGCCAAGAAGAAGCUUGCUGCUCGCCUGCAAGAAGCUGAGGAAGCAAUUGAGGCAGCCAAUGCCAAGUGCUCCUCUCUGGAAAAGACAAAGCACAGGCUGCAGAAUGAGCUGGAAGACAUGAUGAUUGACCUGGAGAAGGCCAACUCAGCAGCUGCCUCCCUGGACAAGAAGCAGCGUGGUUUUGACAAGAUCAUCAGUGACUGGAAGCAGAAGUACGAGGAGUCACAGGCAGAGCUGGAGGCUUCCCAGAAGGAGGCCCGUGGCCUUAGCACUGAGCUCUUCAAGCUGAAGAAUGCCUAUGAGGAGACACUGGACCACCUGGAGACUUUGAAAAGGGAAAACAAGAACCUCCAAGAGGAGAUUUCUGAUCUGACCAAUCAGAUUAGUGAAGGAAACAAGAGCCUCCAUGAAAUAGAAAAAAUCAAGAAGCAGGUUGAGCAAGAGAAGUCAGAAGUUCAGCUGGCUCUGGAAGAAGCAGAGGGAGCUUUGGAACAUGAAGAAAGUAAGACCCUUCGUUUUCAGCUUGAACUUUCUCAGGUUAAAGCAGAGUUUGAAAGGAAACUGACAGAAAAGGAGGAAGAAAUGGAAAAUAUAAGGAGAAACCAGCAACGUGCCAUAGACUCACUGCAGUCCACCCUGGAUUCUGAAGCCCGCAGCAGAAACGAGGCCAUCCGGCUUAAGAAGAAGAUGGAAGGGGACCUCAAUGAGAUGGAAAUCCAGCUCAGCCACGCUAACAGGCACGCUGCAGAAGCAACCAAGUCAGCACGAGUCUUGCAGACACAAAUAAAGGAGCUUCAGGUGCAGCUGGAUGACUCAGGACAUGUGAACGAAGAUCUGAAGGAGCAGCUGGCAGUCUCUGACAGGAGAAACAAUCUUCUCCAGUCAGAGCUGGAUGAGCUGAGGGCUUUACUGGACCAGACUGAACGGGCAAGGAAGCUGGCAGAGCACGAACUGCUGGAAGCCACUGAACGUGUGAACCUGCUUCACAGUCAGAACACAAGCCUGAUCAAUCAAAAGAAGAAGCUGGAGGGUGACAUUUCCCAGAUGCAGAAUGAAGUGGAAGAAUCUCUCCAGGAGUGCCGGAAUGCAGAGGAAAAAGCCAAGAAAGCAAUCACAGAUGCAGCAAUGAUGGCUGAGGAGCUCAAAAAGGAGCAGGAUACUAGUGCUCAUUUAGAGAGAAUGAAGAAGAACAUGGAGCAAACCAUUAAAGACCUCCAGAAGCGACUGGAUGAAGCAGAACAAAUAGCUCUGAAAGGUGGCAAGAAGCAGAUCCAAAAACUGGAAUCCAGGGUUCGUGAGCUGGAGAAUGAACUUGAGACUGAACUCCGUCGCAAUUCGGAUGCCCAAAAAGGAGCCCGCAAGUUUGAGAGACGCAUAAAGGAGCUGACUUACCAGUCAGAAGAAGAUAAGAAGAAUCUUGCCAGGAUGCAGGAUCUGAUUGACAAGCUACAAUUAAAAGUGAAAAGUUACAAGCACCAAGCAGAGGAAGCUGAAGCUCAAGCCAAUCUGUACCUCUCAAAGUACAGAAAACAGCAACAUGAUCUGGAUGAUGCUGAAGAAAGGGCUGAAAUAGCUGAAUCUCAAGUUAAUAAGCUGAGGAGCAAGUCAAGAGACAUUGGCAUGAAAAAGGUUCAUGAAGAGGAGUAAAAAAGUCCAAGCUGACAAAUAUGAGAAAACACUUGACAUAAUCAGGCACAAAUGAAAGCAGAUGUAGAAAAAAAGAAGCACUUACAGAAAUAAACAUCAAGUGAAAAUUCAAAUAGACUGUACAGCAUAUGACAUUCA